GAGCUUAAACCCUUCUUCAUCCUCACUUUCUUUCUGCAACACCUUCUUUCUCUCUCCUCAACAAAAAAUGGGGAAGAACAAAAAACCCAAGGAUGGAAACCAAAGCGAACACAGCCCUGCUACUGUUUUCAUUUCCAAUUUGCCCUUCUCUUUCACAAACUCCCAGCUCGAGGAAUCCUUCAGCGAUGUGGGUCCCAUACGCCGCUGCUUCAUGGUCACCAAGAAAGGUUCAACGGAACAUCGAGGCUUUGGUUAUGUUCAAUUUGCUACUGCUGAGGAUGCAGACCGUUCUAUCGAAAUGAAAAAUGGUUCAUCUCUUGGUGGCCGGAGAAUUGUGGUAAAACAAGCUUCGCAUCGUGCUCCCUUGGAGCAACGUAGACCUAAAACAAACUUAGCUGAAUCAAAUGAUGCUGAUAAGACAACAGAUGAGAGGGAUAGUUCUCCAAGUGUUGCUGAGAAGCAUGAAAAGCCUCCUAGUAAAAGUGAAAUUGACGAGAAGGAUAGUGCUCCUCAUGCUGCUACGAAGCAUGAAAAACCUCCAAAUAAAAGGGAAAUCGAUGUGAAGGAUAUUGCUCCUCAUGUGGCUAAAAAGACUGAAAAAUCGUCAAGUAAACGUGAAACAGAUAAGAAGGAUAUUGCUCCUCAUGUUUCUAAAAAGAAUGAAAAGCCGUCAAGUAAACGUGAAACAGAUAACAAGGAUAGUGCUCCUCAUGCUGCUGAAAAGCCUGUUAAGCCUCCAAGUAAACCUGAAAUAGGUAAAUCGCUUCAGCCACCAAAGAAAGCAAAGGGAGUCUCUGUUGGUCCAGCUGACAUAGGAAAAUCUUCAGAUAAACAAAGGGUGGCAAGAACUGUCAUUUUUGGAGGCCUUUCGACUUCUAAUAUGGCAGAGGAGGUUCUACGUCGUGCCAGGAAGAUAAAUGGAGUGUGUUCAGUCACAUACCCACUUCCAAAAGAGGAGCUACAACACCAUGGGCUUGCUCAAGAUGGAUGCAAGAUGGAUGCUGCAGCAGUACUUUAUGCAAGUAUUAGAUCUGCACGUGCUUCUGUUGCAGCCUUACACCAAAAAGAAGUAGAAGGAGGCUUAGUGUGGGCUCGCCAACUUGGAGGGGAGGGAUCCAAAGCUCAGAAGUGGAAAGUCAUAGUCCGUAACCUUCCUUUCAAGGCAACAGUCAAGGAGAUAAAUGAAAAAUUCUCAGCUGUAGGAUUUGUUUGGGAUGUAUUUAUUCCUCGGAAUCCAGAAACAAAGUUGGCCAAGGGGUUUGCAUUUGUAAAGUUCACCAGUAAGCAGGAUGCUGAAAAUGCUAUCAAGAAGUUCAAUGGACAAAAUUUUAAUAAGAGAACUAUUGCUGUUGACUGGGCUGUACCAAAGAAACUUUAUACAACCGGUGUAACUUCUGUGGUAGAUGAUGGAGAAUCUGCUGAUGAAGAAGUCGACAGUGACACUGACUAUGCGUUUGAGAAUGAUGAUUUGGAUCAUGCGACAAGGGAUGAAGGCUCUGAUGGAGCUCACUCUGACUCAGAUAAGGAAAAGGAAGCUGCAAUUACUUUUGAAGAGGAAGCAGAAUUAGCACGGAAGAUCCUUCAAAAUGUUAUUACUUCAUCCGUGAAAGAAGAUCCUUCUUCAAACAAUGGUUCGAAUGACGAAGUUCCUGCUAAGGAAGUCAGCUUGGAAAAGACUGUUGAACCUGAACAAACAUUACAGACUAAGGAUGGAAAAGCUAGAGACACGCACACUAAAUCCAAAUCUAUUAAUGACGAGGACGGUCUUCCAAAAACAGUUUUUAUAAACAAUCUUCCUUUUGAUCUUGAUCCUGAAGAAUUGAAACAACGAUUCUCCACUUUCGGCAAAAUCAAAUCAUUCUUUCCCGUUGUUCAUCCAGUUACUAAGCGACCAAGAGGAACCGGAUUCCUGAAGUUCACAACGAGUGAAGCAGCUGAUGCAGCAGUAUCAGCAGCAAGUGAUGCACCUGGUUUAGGAAUCUUUCUUAAAGGAAGGCAGUUGAAGGUAUUGAAGGCGCUGGACAAGAAAUCAGCUGAUGACAUGGCAUUGGAGAAGUCCAAAAAGGAGAUUGAAGAUCACCGCAACCUUUACUUGGCAAAGGAGGGUCUGAUUGUUGAGGGAACUCCGGCUGCAGAAGGGAUUUCGAGUGAAGAUUUGGAGAAACGUGGAGUGUUGCAUAAGAAAAAAAUGACUAAACUUCAAUCUCCAAAUUUCCAUGUUUCCAAUACAAGACUAGUAAUAUACAAUUUACCAAAGGCAAUGACCCCAAAACAACUGAAAAAGCUCUGUAUUGACGCUGUGAUUUCAAAAGCUUCCAAGCAAACGCCUGUGAUACGACAGAUAAAGUUUCUUAGUGAUGUUAAGAACGGGAAGGUGAGAAGCCAUUCUCGUGGAGUUGCUUUUGUAGAAUUUGCAGAGCAUCAACAUGCUAUUGUGACAUUAAGAGUGCUUAACAACAAUCCUGAGCCAUUCGGCCCUCAGCACCGCCCUAUUGUGGAGUUCGCUGUUGACAAUGUUCAGACACUGCGAAAGAGAGGCUUAAAGAUUAAUGACCAACUGCAGAAAUCUGGUGAUGAUAAAAAUGAAAACACCUUAACUUCACCACCCACCAAAUCAAACAAAGAGAAUUUCAGAAAACGAAAAUCAGAGGAUGGUAUGAAUUCGAGAGAAGAUCAAGAAACUGGCAGAAAAAAAUUUAACAGAAACAGGUCAACUGAUGAAGCUGCUACAGAAGAGAAUCAAAGAAAUAAGAAGCCACAGCGAGUCCGAACAAGAGAAGGUAAAAACAACAACCAAGAAAAGGAUCAAAACCAUGGUAAAUCAUUUCAGCACAACAAUGGAACUGUAAAGGCUCUUCCUCAACCAAAACCCUACAAUGAAAAUGACAAGCAGUCAAAAAAGAGGAAGGCAUAUAAUAACCCUACUGAAGAGGGUCCUGAAAGGAAGGCUACAAAGAAGAGAAAUAGAAACAAAGAGUCUAUUGGUCAAGAUGGUGUUGAUAAACUGGAUGUGUUGAUUGAACAAUAUAGAUCCAAGUUUUCACAGAAGAGUUCUGAUAAAUCAGAUGGUGAAAAACAAGGUUCAAGGCAGCAGAUUAAAAGAUGGUUUCAGACAUAGUAUGUUGUACUGUUACUUUUACCUUUGGAAGUAGUCAUGUUUGAAUGUUGUACAUCACUGAAAUUUUGUACCGAGAAUCUUUAGGGAGAAAUGGAGAGUUUAUGUUUUACGUUUAUACAAAUUUUAGAAGUUUUUUUGCUA